AUGGCGCGCUUUGCCUCCACGCGGCUGCGUCCACCAUCUGAGAUGCUCGACGACCACGGCAGGCCGCCGCACGACCAGGACGUGGAGGCCUUCUUCUGCUGCUGCGAGUUUGUCGACCAGCAUGGCGAGCGGCGUCACCUCGCCGACGCGUCCGCGCUCGACUCGGCGGGGUUGGCGGCGCUGCUCUCUGACUUGGACGACCGCGUGCGCCUGCCGAUGCACGGUGGAGCCGUGUACCUCGGCUUCCUCGGCGCCGCGCCGCUCGUCGCCGUGCCUCUCCUCUUCCGCCUUGCCAUCAGCCGCUUCAGCCGCCUCCUCGCCGUCGCCGUCGUCGCGCCGGCGGGGCUCGGGUUGUGCGCGCGGUGCCGGCGCACGCUCGGCGGCCGCUUCUUCCAGGCGACGUGCGGCACUUCCCUCGGCUACGCCUUUGGCGCCUUCACCCUCGUGCUCGGCGAGCACCUGCACUUUGGCGGCUGGCUGCUCACCGCCGUCGGCUUCGCCGCUUCGCUCGCGGCGGCGGCGGCGGCGCUCUGCGCUCUGGCGCUGAGGCGAGCGUGCGAGCUGCGGGGCGGGCCGGUGGGGAGGAUGUUGCGCGUUGCGGCGGAGGCGGACGAGUCGAGCCUUGAGCUCGCCCUCGCCGCAUUUGGCGCCGCCGCCGCGGCGCAGGCAGCCGUCACUUGGGUGUGGCUGUACUGA